UAAAAAUUUCUGCGAGGUAGUCUGAAUUGAUCGCUUGAAGUGAAGAUUUCACUUGAUUUCAUUUGAGUGGAAAUAUUAAGAGAAAUAGUUGAAUUUUUUUUUAUUUUUUUCUUCUUAAUACUUAACUCUAUUUGAUUUUCACAUAUUAAAAAAUUAUAUAAAAAAAAAAUAUGAAAUUUCUACUUAGGUCUAAAACUAUUACAUAAAAUUAAAAUAACUUUGUAUUAAAUAAUCAAUUUAAAUUAGAAAAAAAAGAGAAAUUUUCAUAAAUUCCGUUAUUUCGUCGCAGAAAAAUUUGUGAUAAUAUGUACUCGUGUAUGUGAAUUAAGUAAAUAAAAAAUAUCAAAGUCCGGAUCUUAAUUUAAAAAAAAAAAUAAAAACAUAGUCGUGAAAACCUGAACGAACAUUCGACGUUGUCGCAAUUAUAACACAAGCAAGGCAAAAAAAAGAAUAAAAACAACUAUACUAAAUAGUAAACGAAAAAAUAUUUUUCUUAAUUUUGUCGUCGCCGUAAUUUCUUUGCUUGGUUUUUUCGAGUUUUCGUGUUAUUUUUUUCAUUUUUGCAGCUAAACAAAGACUGGGGCGUAUAUUCAUUUUUUUGGAUUAAUUCUAUAAUUUUUAUUUCAACAAAUAAAGAAUUUAUUGAAUAUUAAAUUUAACACAAAGGAGAACAAAAAAAUUGGAUUGCAGUUAAGUAAAACAAAAAAAGUGUUGUAACCAGAGAAUUUUAUAUUGGAGAAGUAGACAUUAAAUACAAAUAUGCAAAUAUAAAAAUAUUUUACACAAAAGCAAAUAUAAUUAAAGAAAAGAAAAUAUCUGUGGAGCAAUUUGUUAACUGUGGCGCUGCUUUACUUCUAAUUUGUUUAAACUUAACAAAUUUUUCAUCAAAAUAAUAUCUCAUUGUAUGAAAACAAAAACUAAAAAUCAUUAUCGUAUAAAAAAUUCGUAUUAUAAUUAAAAUUUGAAGUGAAAUAAUUAUUUGGUAAAAAAAGUAUAUUAAAAAUUCUGUUAUAUUUAAAUUAAAAUUUAAUAAUAAAAUAUAAGAUUAAAAUAACAAUAUUUAAUUAAAAAAAGCAAAAAAUAAACAUAUAUAAAAUUAAAUUAAAUAAUGGAACGUGAAUCAAACCCAAUGCAACCGAUGUGCCGUUCUGGAUGCGGUUUCUAUGGAAAUCCAGCUACAGAUGGACUUUGCUCAGUUUGCUAUAAAGAUUCCUUACGAAAAAAGCAACAACCACCAGUUAGUAGUACGCCUGUAACGGUAUCAAGUCCACAAACACCUACUUUCAGUCCAGAUUUAACAGUAACUAAUACAGCGCAACCGACAGUGCAGAGUUAUAUCCAGCCACAUAAUGAAGUUAAAGAUAAAACAACCGAUGAGGCUAGUAAAGAUAAUGUAGCGUCAACAGCUGGACCUUCAAUUUCAACUAAUGAACAAGAAGAUAAAGACGAUAAUAAAGACGGCCAAAAGAAAAAAAAUCGUUGCGUUACUUGUCGUAAGAAGGUCGGAUUAACAGGUUUUGAAUGUCGAUGUGGAGGUCUUUUUUGUGCUGUACAUAGAUACAGUGAUAAACAUAAUUGCACAUUUGACUAUAGGGAACAUGGGGCCCAAGAAAUUAGACGCAAUAAUCCCGUAGUAGUUGGCGAAAAAAUUCAAAAAAUUUGAACUUUUAUAAUAUAUGUGCCAUCAAAAAAUAUAAUAUAAAAUUAAUACCAUUAAUAUAAAAAAAGCUAAAAAAAUUAAAUAAAAUAUACCUUUUAUAAAUAGAUAUGUAUACCAACAUAUAUAUGUAUGUAUAUAUAGAUAUAUACCUGUAUAAAUAUAUAUAUAAAAUUCAAAAUAAUUUACUAUUACAAAAAAAAACUGAAAUUUAUUUAAAUUAACUGCAACAAAAAGCUAGAAAAAGUUUCACAGUCACAUGAAUUAUAUAAAGCUGUGCUAACACUAUACCACUAAGUAUUAUAAUUUAUAAAAUUACUUACAAUUAGCAAUUGGAGACGAAAACACUGAUAAUUUCUUCACAGUGUAAGCAUCGAUUAGUUAUUGUUUUAUACAUAGCAGAAAAUAAAUUAAUAGUGGAUUUUUGACAAUUGGAAAUAUCUAUUAAUACAUAUUAACUAAUCUAUAAAAUUAAAAGAACUAUAACAAAAUUUAAACAUCAAAAUUAUAUUAAUUAAUGGUAUAGUGUCAAUUUGGCUUUACAUUGCUCGUCUAAAUUUAGUGGAAAACAAACAAAAAAUUCGAAAUAAAAUUUAUUUUAUUAAAAUUGUUUAAAACCAAAUUUUUGAGAAAUAUGAAAAAUAAAACAUAACUGAAAACAAAAUUAUGUUAUAAACUAUUUUAGAAAAAAACUUAAAUGAUACUACAAAUAAAAUACACAUAAAAACAUAAAAUAUAGAUAAUAACUAAUUAUAAUAAUUUAGGGUAAAUAUAUUUGUAUAUGUAUAUCUAAAUUCAAUAAUAUUCGGAUGCAACAAAACAUAGAAAGAUGUGAAACAUUUAAUUUUUCUAGGGAAAUAUUUACGGAGACAGAAAAAAUUAUUUGCUGUAAAAUUAAUUGAUAUCAUCACGAAAAAACAUUUUUUUAACGUGUGCUUCAAAAUUAUUUUUUGUAUAAUAACAUGUUUUAGCGUUCUGCAUUUUUCCUUAAAAAUAAAAUAAUUAUUAAAUUGUGAAUUUAUUUUUUUAAUUGGAAAUCCAUUAGUGUAAAACAAAUGUACAUUGCGAGUUUGCAACGAAAUAUGUAAUGAUAUAGAUGUACCGUCAAAAAAGAAAAUUUCAAAUUUUCUCAAAAUAUAUACUGUUUUUAAAAAAGACGCACAAUUAUACUAAAUUUUGAGAUUAAUAACAUUAAAAAUUUUCAAAGAAUUAGUCCAUAAAUUGCUAUUAAUCUUGAAA